GAAAUAAAUCAUACAUUUUUUGAUUAAUGCAUUAGCUAAGCUGAAGUAGAUAUUAAGCUAGAUAUUAUCUGAAAAAAAAUUUACUCAUACAUUUCUGGACAUUUUUCAUUAAAAUCUACUUAGCAGAAACUGUGCAGCCCCUUUAAGGUUUAUAUUACCCCUGACGUGGACUUGUCCUACAUUACCAGAUUAAAGUGUACUUUGGAUGCUUCCAGAUAAACUUUGACUUUGGUUGUCAUUAUAAAACUGAUAAGCGCUUGAGGAUCACUGACUCUGACUCAGGCCACCGGUUCUGCCAAACGUCCACCUUUACAGUAACAAAUGUAUUGAGUGAAUUACUUAGAGGUUAACUCCUCCCCAACCCAAUUAAAGCAUUUAAUACAAGGAACAGGAGACAGCAAAGAAAGCCUGGAAAGCAGCAUCUUCCACAAGCUUCAUCUGCAAACAGCAUGAGGACGCUUCAGGAAAAAGUCAUCAUCAUUUCUGUUUUUCUGUCCCUUAUAUGUCUCACUCAGGUCAACUCAGUACCUGUUCCUGACAACUGGGACACUCUGAUCCAGAGGACAAAGCGAUCGCUACUGUGGCGCUGGAACAGUCUGAAACCUGUUGGAGCUAGCUGCAGAGAUCCUUCAGAGUGUGGCACAAACCACUGCAGGAGAAACAUUUGUUCCUUCUGACACUCCAUCUGAACAACAGACCCACAACCACAACUCUGAAACAAAUGGAGCCACCUAUGCGAAAUUCCUCCUCUGUUAAUAUGGUCAAACUAAAAGAUGUGAAGGAAGUUUCUUUUGUUUUUAUUUUAAAUAGGAGCCUUUAUGGAGGAACCUUUGCCACCAUCAGCCUCAUCACUGGGCUGGUUGUGUAAUCUGAAUGUAUGUUUGAUAAGAAAAUACAAACGUUCACCCUCAGUCUGUGAGCUCUGAAUUUAUUGGCACAUGUUCCUCUGAUAUAUUUAUUUGUAUAUUUUGUAAACUUUGUAAAUAUUCAAAUACACUCUACCUUUUUCAAGAGCUUGUACAUUUUUUUUCAAUGUUACAGCAAAUUAAAAUACUCCCACAGUU